CCAUGGUUAUGUGGCAAUGGGAUGGUAGCAUUGGGAUAAACAAUUAUGUACUUAGACGUGACCCUUAUAUGCCUGACUGUCAAACUCCGGAAAGAAAUGAGCUGCAUGGUGUCUCGUCGUCAAGGUUACGUGUACCGAAUCAGAAACUUUCACUGGUGACAAGCCAAUUGUUUCGCUAACAGUGGGUAACUAGUACAGUUCGCCAUUAUGCUGUAUAUAUUUCAGUUACAAACCCAUAAAUAAUGAUGAAAAAAAAAAUGUCCGACGUGGUUAAGAAGGAAGACAAGUCGGGAGCUGUUUCGGUUCGGGUUGAAGACGAUUUAAGACAACUCAAACCUAGUCUUGAGAAAGUGAUUGUCAGUGAGGGGAGGACAACACUGAACAUUCAGGCCCUGAACAUCAGGAAACAUGCAGAGGAUUGUUUGAAAACAGUGAAUAAGCAGCAGCUGAUUCUUCCACCCAUUGGCGAUUUACAACAAAAGACUCUUUCUAAAUGGACUCCUUGUCUGGAGAAAAUCUCAGAUGUGAAGAAACAGAGAGAAAACCUUCCAGGAGCUCCAGCAGGGGAACAGGACAAGUUAGCAUUGAACAUGUGUUUGCCAAACAAAAGAUCCAUUAGGCAUCAGAAAUCUGGGAAAUCACUUACUGAUACUCACAGGAAGAGAGCAAAUGAGGCAAAAGGUGACAGGAUAAUCUCUGGCUCUGUGGUGAAUCUUCAAGCAGCUGAAUCAAAGGGCCAUCACAUCCUGGUAGUCCCCAAAGAAGACUUUGGGACAGAUUUAAAGUCCAGGUGCCAUGAACAGCCAGUACGUAAAACAAAAGCUGAAUCCACUUAUUUAAGAGCAGACAGAGACUGCACACCCACUGAGACACCAGCUUUCACCACAACUUCCAAGAGCAUGGUUCCUAGAAGUCCUCAGAGCCUGCCUGUAGAUAUCCCCAGGUACCUUUUUACAAUCAGAAGUGGACAGGUCGACCCAAUGGCUGCAGACUUCUGUCAUUUCAAGCAGUGUUUUGUCUUGUGCUGGAGCAGUGUGGUUGAUGUUCUAGAGGCCCUGCAAAAACUGCUCAGGGAGUUUGCUGUGCCUUUAGCCAAAGUGAGUGGAGAGCGCCUGGUGGAGCUGAGCCAUGUUUGGGAUAGCGGCUGGAGUAAGGCUCCUUCAGCAAUGCCUGUCCUCUCAGUGCUAGAAAACUGGGAGGAGGUUUCAGAACUCAUCUCACACCCAGGUCAGCGCUACAAGGGAGAGGGAGGCAUCGAGGCCGCUGCCAUCCACAUCCAGUCCUCCUGGAGGCGCUACUUAGCCCGGACAGCCUACUUGUGCCACUGUCGCCGCAAGUGGGCGGCGGGCACCAUUGCCAUCUCAUGGUUGAUGCACGCUCAGCUGUGCCGUGUCAGGAAGGCCCUGCAGGCUCGGCGUUUUAGUCAGCUGGAAAACAGUCGCAGCAGAGCACAGCAUCUGGCAGCCAACUGGAAACGCAUCCAGUCCUUCAAGAGGACCAUUAUCCACAUCCCUUCAUUAGGAUACUCUCAGAGGAAACGACUGAACUUGAGAGGCUUUGACAUCCUACAGAACACCCAAAUGAGCAGGUUGUGUGAUAUCAGAGAUGAAAAUGUGGAGGUGAUCUACAUAUGUCCCCAGCAUCUGGGAAACGACAUCUUGGACUAUUACACCAGCCUCCUGAAGUGUGAUGGAGCCACAGAUGGGGCUGAUACCACGACCGCUCGAGCCUCAUCCUCCGUGAGACGCUACAUCAUCCUCACACCUGAGGCUGUAGAUUAUUUCCCAACCCAUAACAUGUGCCUGUCUACACUUCUGAAGUACAGUCCACAAACCCUGAAGCACAUCAGAAACCUGAUCCAGGGGAAGCAGGCCUAUAUUGUGGGUGGAGUUGCCCACAUGGAUGACCUGGCGGUAGCUGAUGAGUUAGGGCUGCCAAUCCUGGGUCCAGAACCUGCUAUUGCUCAACACUACAGCACCAAAUCUGGAGGGAGGAGACUUUUUGUGGGGGCAGAGAUCGAUGUGCCACCUGGUCAAGGAGACAUCUACUCGCUAAACCAGCUUCAUGAAACACUGGCAGAGCUUAUGACUCAAAACAUUGAUGUGCAGCGCUGGCUCUUCAAGAUUGACUCAGAGGAUGGCGGCCGCGGUACAGCAUAUUGUGAUACAUGCCAUCUUAGUUGCUAUAAGUGGGCUCUGCAGGAGUAUCAUCGUUACGGUCCGGAGCUGUGGAACCCAAAAUGCAUUCAGGAGACUGUGCUGCUCAGAUAUUUAGAUGAGAUCCCAGAAUGGCUGACCCAUUAUGCCCAGCCUGCUAAAACCUCCUGCUAUCCCAACUGGGCCUGCUUCCUGAAGACCUUCCUCAGGCAAGGAGGUGUGGUGGAGGCCUACCCCCCUUCAAACAGUGUCACCUGUCUGACAGUAGAUCUGCUGCUGGAGCCAGGUGGUGAAGUCACCAUGUUGUCUUGUGGAGACCAACUCCAUGGUGGUUGUAAACUUGAAGCUAUAGGUUCCAUUGUUCCUCAGAGCUCUGUACACCCAGAAACUUUGAACUCCAUCUGCACCCGCGUAGGCCGGGCCUGCCUGCAGCGAUGUAUCGUAGGUUAUGUCUCUGUGGAUCUCGUUACCUUUCUGGACCAUAACACCAUGGAGAAGAAGUCUUUCCUCACAUUGUGGAGCGGCGGGGCCCCAGCUGCAGCAUCGGGGCUUUUAAUGAAAAUGCAAGGCAAUAGAAAACAGGUGUGGGCUGUUGAUCUGGACAUCACAUACAGUAACCAGCUGGCCAUGACCCAGAUGCUUCUGAUGAUGACUGGAGGAACGCUGAAUUGCUGCACAGGCUGUUUAGAAGCACCAAUACCAAUCAGAGAGAAAUGCUAUGAACACCAGAUCGUACCCAAAGCUCCAGUUGAAAAUCUUUGUGCAGUUAUUGGGAACCACUUAUUUCACUCUGACCUUUCCAUGUUAUACAAUAAGGUGUUCCUUAUGAUGUGCAAUGCCCAUGGCAUAAGAUUUAACAAAAAGACAAAGCAAGGCACGGUUUUCGCUUUUUUUGACAGCAGUGAGCGAAGCAGUAUUGGAAUGAUAACAGUCUCAGAGGAUCUCCAGAGAGCUCUCGCGACCUUUGCUCGGCAUCUGUCAGUCAUUCAUCAGGAAAUAUCAGUCCCUAAAAGCCAAGGAGAAACCAAUUUCAUGGAGGUGAUUAAGGAAAUAGAAGAUAUACUGCAGAUGACUGCUCAGAACAAGCUUCAAGGGGAGGCUAAACCUGCAUCUUAGAUAGUUCCAUUAUCAGUGUUGCUGACCUGCUUUUCCAAAAUCACUAAAUAUGUCUACUCUGAACAUGACUGAAGGACUUUCCAAAUAAAUAUCUGAAAAAAGCCUAAAUAUGUCACAAAUCUGUAAAAUCACUGGCUUUGUAAACAGCUUCAAAAGUCUGAAUAUACUUUAUUAUAAACAAAGAUUACGCCGCCAGAAAUCUAUGCAGAAGGAAUUUACACAUGUAAAUCAAAAAGUGUGUGCAUAAAAAGAAGUCAAAGGUGUGUAUAUAGCAAUGUAUGCUUCCUUUGUCAAGUCAAAUGCUUCUGGCAUCAUCUCUCUCUCUCUCUCUCUCU